CAGCCAGCCAUUGUUGACUUAAGAGGUGGCUCUGAGGUGGGAGAAGAGGAGGAGAACACACCACUGGAAAACUGGUUCCCAUUGGUCCCUGUCAUGCUUAAAAGAGGCCCAGAGAGGCAGUCUGGACACCUCAGAUCCCAGGAUCUCCAAGGAUUUGGUGGCAUACCCACUCCAGCACACAGAAGCAAUGAGGUUCAUGACUCUCCUCUUCCUGGCAGCUCUGGCAGCAGCCCUGGUCUGUGCCUAUGGCGCAGAGGCUGCCUCUGCCCCAGGAUCGAGGAACCCUUCCCAUGAGGCAUCAUCAGCUCAAGAGGAAAAUGCAGGUGAAGACCCAAGGUUAGCCAGACAAGCACCAAAGCCAAGGAAGCAGAGAUCCAGCCUUCUGGAAAAAGGCCUAGAGGCAGCAAAAAAAGCUUUGGGAGGAGUUGAAAACCUAGCAAAAGACGCAGUUGACGAUCUAGAAGACAUAGGUAAAGGUGGGGAAGAGGGUGGGUCCUUGGGGCUCCAGUGAAUCUAACCUCCAUCCCUCUGACUUCUGUGAACUAUCCAUGAUGCUAAGGACAUCCUUGACUCAGCACUCCAGCUGUAAGGAGAAGCUGAGAAGUGAUGCCCAGGAGCAGCAGGCUUUAAGUCUUCAGCCUAAAAC